AUGGCAGUGCAAAAUGGAAACACAAAAAAUAAAUUGGACAUAGCAAUUAUCGGGGGAGGAUUGGUUGGAUCUCUAGAAGCGAUUUAUUUAGCCAAAAGAGGACAUCGCGUGUCUCUCUACGAGUAUCGUGAAGAUAUCAGGAAAACUCCGCUUGUUCGAGGACGUUCUAUAAAUUUGGCUCUGUCAGUACGCGGGCGUAAAGCUCUUAAAGGAGUUGGAGUCGAAGACCAUAUGGUCAAUGACCAUGGUAUUCCUAUGAGGGCGAGAAUGAUCCACAGACCCGAUGGAACAACCUACUCUAUACCAUAUGAUGCUAGGACGAAUCAGUGCAUUUAUUCAGUGGGAAGAAAUUAUUUAAACAGCAUUCUGUUAAAAGAAUCGGAGAACUAUGACAAUGUUGCAAGAUAUUUUAACCAUAAACUGAUCCAGUCAAAUUUACAAAAGGGCUCCCUCACCUUCCUUAAAACGGAUUCAAAAGAGACAGUACAAGUCAAUGCUGAUUUAAUCAUCGGAGCCGACGGUGCAUUCUCUGCUGUUCGCAAGGAAAUGAUGAAGCAACCACUGUUCGACUUUAGUCAGCAGUACAUCGAGCAUGGUUACUUAGAGCUAUGCAUACCAGCCGCUGAAGAUGGAGGAUUUCAGAUGCCGCCAAAUUUUUUACAUAUUUGGCCAAGAGGUAAUUUUAUGAUGAUUGCUCUUCCAAAUCAAGAUUGCUCGUGGACAGUUACAUUGUUUAUGCCAUUUAAUAAUUUCAAAAAUAUAAACACAGAAGAGAAACUUUUGGACUUUUUUCACAAAUAUUUUCCUGAUUCUAUACCUUUGAUCGGAGAAAAGAAACUUAUAGAAGAUUUCUUUGGAGGUUCUCCUUCUGCGUUAGUAGCAGUUAAGUGUCGUCCAUAUCAUGUACACGACAAAGCUCUUAUAAUCGGCGAUGCCGCACACGCCGUGGUUCCCUUCUAUGGGCAAGGUAUGAACGCUGGAUUUGAAGACUGUUCAAUUCUUGAUGAAUUGUUCCAAAAAUAUAAUGACGACGUUCCAAAUGCUCUCGAAGAAUUCUCCACUACUAGAUGGAGAGAUGCAUUCGCGAUUAGCGAUUUGGCGAUGUACAACUAUAUUGAGAUGCGAGAUUUAGUGACUCGUCCAUCGUAUCGUUUUCGAAAGGCUGUGGACGAUUUCAUAUUUUGGCUUUUACCAGAUUUAUGGGUUCCCCUCUAUAAUUCUGUUACAUUCACAACAAUGCCUUACAGUCAGUGCGUGAAGAAUCGUCAGUGGCAAAAUAAGGUUCUCGCAUUCGCUGCCAUCUUCUUAAUAUUCUCUGUUAUGGUUCUGUACAUGUAUUCUAAG